UCCGCGUCCACGGAGAGCGCGCGCGCAGGCGAGAGUCCGGAGCUGGAGCGGAAUUUACACUGAGUAAACUGAGGACACGGAAAAGAGGAUUGUGUAUUUCAGUAUGCGUAAAACAGGACAGAGGAAUGUCCAGGGCCGAGGAGGAGGAGGCAGAGGGAGGAAGAAUGAUGCAGCUGGUGAGACAUUCAGUCCCAGGUUCCACCACAAGACCAUAAGCAGAGGCCUGGGGGUUCCAGGCGACGCUGGCAGUGGCCCCCUGCCGGUGCAGCCGUACCCCACAGAGGACGUCCUGAGGCUUGGUUUGUCCAGAGGCGUGUCCCUGUCUCUCCCAUCCUCUCCCAUGCUUCCUCCACGACAACCCUAUGUGCUUCCUCUCAGACCCAGCACCAAGUCUCCAGGAUCUGUCAGGAAGCCCCAGCAUGCCGAGAGCUCCCGUAUUCCUCUGGAUGCGGUUGCCUGGUGCUUGGGAAGCGAGGAGAACUCCGAUCCUCUUUUGCCAGAUAAGUCUGGCUCCUCCCCUGCUACUCAGGAACUGAUGACACGGCUGGGUUUCCUACUGGGAGACGCCAUCCCCGCCUCAUCACACACCACCAUGGAGGAGAGAAACCAGUGUAUCGUCAGCAGUCAGGGAGCGAGUCCGUGUUCCACCCUGACCGACAGCACGGCGUCUCCCAGCGCCGAGAGCCCGUGUUCCAGCCUGGUGCUCAACUCGGGUUCGGCAGAAAGAGCCCCGCCCCAGUGCUGCUCCGCUCCAUGCAGCAGCAGCACCACCAUUACCACCAGCACCACCAGCACCACCAUCACUACCCCCAGCUCCACACUGGAGAGCAAAGACAGCGGCAUCAUUGCCACAGUGACCAGCUCGAGUGAGAACGAGGAGCGCUGUGGAUCCAGUCUCGAGUGGGGAAAAGAUGGUGCUGGAGGUGGAGGUGGAACCGUCAGAGACAGCAGCCAUCUUGCUCCUCCACCUGUAGCGCCCGUCUCUGGUGGAGACUCAUCAGUGCCCAGCGAACCCCCAACCCCAUCUUUGCCCCAGCCCCGGACUGCACCUGCCGCUCAGCCACCCUCAGAAGGACUUGCACCCUACCACAGCACCUCACUGGCCAUGCCGAGGCCCAACUCAGUGGCAGCCACCAGCAGUACUAAGCUGGAGGAGUUGACGUAUCUGGAUGAGCAGCGAAAUGCCCCGAUGCGAUCGUCCCUGCGUGGACCGUGGCAUGGAGCACACACCAGCGGCCGCAACCAGGAGGGCAAAGCUCGAAUCACACCAUAUAAGCCGGUGGACAUCAUGCUCAAACCCUUGCUGUUUGAGGUUCCCAGUGUUAGCAGCACGGACGCCACGUUUGUAGGCCGUGAAUGGCUGUUUCAGCGUCUGGAAGACGUCCUGACGGGCGAAGGGGAGGCGGGGCCUGGACGUGGCGCGGUGGUGGUGGGCAGCGUGGGCUUUGGAAAGACGGCGGUCAUCUCCAGGCUCGUGGCUCUGAGUUGUCACGGGGGCCGGAUGAGGCAGAUCGCGUCCAACAGUCCAGGAGCUUCACCUAAAACUGGAGGUAAAGGAAGUGACCACUGUAUCCAUGGCAGCCAGCUGAACCCUCCAUCUCAGAGCCCCCACCGCAGCAGCAGCUGCCCUCCGACCCCCGACACACACCGGCACAGAGAGGAGGCUGUCAAGCGUCUAGCCAGCAAGGUGGUAGCGUAUCAUUACUGCCAGGCGGAUAACACGUACACGUGCCUGGUGCCCGAGUUCGUGCACAGCGUGUCGGCGCUGCUGUGUCGCGCUCCUCGUCUCGGCGCCUACAGAGAAAUGCUGCUGAGGGAGAACCAGCUGCAGAGUCUGCUGAGCCUCCGCUCGUGCGUCCAGGAUCCGGUCGCGGCUUUCCGAAGGGGCGUCCUGGAACCCCUCGUAAUCCUGCGCAAGGAGAGGAAGAUCUCCGAGGACGACUACAUCAUCCUGGUGGACGGUCUGAACGAGGCCGAGUUCCACAAACCCGACUACGGAGACACGAUCGCCUCCUUCAUCUCCAAGAUCAUCUCCAAGUUCCCCACCUGGCUUAAACUGGUCGUCACUGUCAGGGUGAACCUGGUGGACGUCACCAGCCUGCUCCCGUUCCCCAUCAUAUCUCUGGACGACAUCCACGACAAGUCCGUCUCUGCCGACCUGCACACGUACGUGCAGCACCGCGUGGAGCACAGCGCCUCCAUCCUCAGCAAUGUCACCGCCAGUGGCAAGAGCGAACCGGCGGCCGGGUCGAAGCUCAGCUCGCACCUGGUGAGCCGCAGUCAGGGUUCCUAUCUCUACCUGAAGCUGGUGUUGGACCUGCUGGAGAAAGGCCACCUGUUGAUCAAGAGCUCCGGUUACAAGGUGCUGCCCGUGUCAUUGACUGAACUCUACCUGCUUCAGUGCAACAUCAGGUUCCCGACACCGGCGUCUUUCGAGCGGGUGAUGCCCGUCCUGAACGUCGCUCUCGCCUCGCUGCACCCGCUAACUGACGAGCAACUGUUUCGCGCGCUAAACGCCGGCAACCUGAAAGCAACACUCGAAUGGAGCGACUUCCAGCAACGCAUGGAAGCGCUCUCCUGCUUCCUGAUUGGCCGACGUGACCGGACGCGCAUGUUCUGCCACCCGUCCUUUAGGGAAUGGCUGGUCUGGAGAGCAGACGGUGAGAGCACCGAGUUCCUGUGCGAUCCGAGGAGCGGACAUGCCCUGAUGGCCUUCAUGCUCUCUCGACAAGAAGGGAAGCUGAACAGGCAGCAGACCAUGGAGCUGGGUCACCACAUCCUCAAAGCACACAUAUUCAAGGGACUCAGCAAGAGGACGGGCGUGUCCUCCAGCGUUCUCCAGGCCCUGUGGAUCAGUCACAGUACAGACAGCCUGUCUGCUGCUCUGUCCUCACUCCGAAACCUCUACACACCCAACGUCAAGGUGUCUCGGUUGCUGAUCCUGGGCGGAGCGAAUGUGUGUUACCGCACCGAGGUGCUCAACAGCGCCCCUGCCCUGUGUGUACAGUCUCACCUGGGUCAUCUGGAGAUGGUGGCUCUCCUGCUAGAGUUCGGCGCUCCGGUGGACGGCGUAUCGGAGAACGGCAUGACGCCCGUGUGUUACGCCGCGGCCGCCGGACACCUCGGCGUGGUAAACCUGCUCUGCCGGAAAGGGGCAAAGGUGGAUCACAUGGAUAAGAGCGGUCAGUGUGUGGUGGUUCACGCUGCCCUGAGAGGUCAUGCUGAAAUCCUUCAGUAUCUUCUGGAACAGGAAUGGAGCUCUGACGCAGCACAGGCUGAACAAAGCCACAAGGGCAGAAUAGUGCAGCAAGCCUUCGUCGCUGCCUCUAGCAUGGGACACGUCCAGGUGCUGAAGAACUUGGUGGGUCUGAAUAAGAACGAGCUGAGCGUGCAAAUCGAUGGCCUUGACACGCUAUGGGGGGAGACAGCUCUGAGUGCUGCUGCCGGCCGGGGGAAGCUGGACACGUGUGUGUUCCUGCUGGAACAGGGGGCCACGAUAACGCAGCCAAACCGCAGGGGCGUAAAUCCCAUUUACACCGCUGUGAAACACGGACACACGCAGGUCGUGGAACUGCUGCUGCAGCACGGUGCCGAGCUCGACGUCUCCGACAAACAUGGCCGCUCUCUGCUGAUGGUUGCGGCCAGUGAGGGUCAUGUGACCACCGUGGACUUCCUUCUCUCGCAGGGAGCGUGCAUGAGCGCGGUGGAUAAGGAAGGCCUGACGCCGCUGAGCUGGGCGUGUCUGAAGGGCCAGAAGGGCGUAGUGGAGCUGCUGGUGGACAGAGGAGCUCAAAUCGAUCACGCUGAUAAGAACGGACGCACUCCUCUCGACCUCGCCGCUUUUUACGGAGACGCCGACAUUGUGCACUACCUGGUGGAACGUGGCGCUGUGAUCGAGCACAUGGACUACAGCGGCAUGAGACCCCUCGACCGCGCCAUCGGCAGCCGCAACACUUCGGUCGUCGUCACUCUGCUGAAGAAAGGGGCCAAGCUGGGGUACCGCACGUCUCCCUAUGAUCGAUCAGGAAAUGCUGCCUGGGCCAUGGCCACUUCUAAACCCGACAUCCUCAUCAUCCUGCUGCAGAAGCUGAUGGAGGAAGGCAACCUGCUGUACAAGAAAGGGAAGAUGAAGGAAGCAGCUCAGAGGUACCAGUACGCACUAAGGAAGUUUCCAAGAGAAGGCUUCGGGGAAGACCUGAAGGCCUUUCGAGAGCUGCGGGUCUCUCUGUACCUCAACCUGUCCCGCUGCCGCCGCAAAACCAACGACUUUGGCAUGGCGGAAGAAUUUGCCACUAAGGCUUUGGAACUGAAGCCGAGGUCGUACGAAGCUUUUUACGCUCGUGCUCGAGCUAAGAGGAGCAGCAGGCAGUUUGCGGCAGCGCUGUCCGAUCUCCACGAGGCGGCGCGUCUGUGUCCCAGUAACCGAGAGAUCCGACGCCUGCUGGCCCGUGUGGAAGAAGAGUGCCAUCAGCGCCCGGGUGGGAAACACACGUCAUCGCACGCUCAGCCCGAGGCGGACGAAGAUGACGAAGACGAGGACGAUGAUGAUGGAGAGGAGGAGGAGGAAGCUGUGCUCGUUCGGACGCCUCAUAAAAGUUCUGAGAGCCUCGGGAUAAAGCUGGUGCAGGUGGAGGAGAGCGUUGAGGAGAGGACGAGUAAAGAAGAGAAAAGGAAAGAGAACUGGCAGCAGAGCCGAACUCUGCCCGACUCUCUUUGCCUGGUGCUGUCUGGGAAUCAGUCGCUUUCUCCGUCAGCCCACAGGCGCCUUCCGUCCAGACAGGCUCAGAGCGUGAAGAGCCGAGAGAGCCACAGCCACCACAGGGCCUGCUUACACACCAGAGAGCCGCUCAGAGACACCCAAGGAGGCAGGGGUCAUCUGGGUCACCUGGACACCAUGCCCCUGGCAGCAGAGUGUGCUCCAGAGUGUAGGUCCGAGUUCAUCCGAAGCAGCAGCAUGCGCGUGUCCAGCUCGUCCGGGAGCCUGGCGUUCGGCGGGGUGCAAUCGGACCGCAACCGCAGCUCGGUCUCCAACGAGAACGCCGCUUCCGUCUCCGACGUGUCCUCCAGGCUGCAAGAGCACAAACCGCGCCCGUUCAUGGGCGUCACGGACAAGACGGCGCGCUUCCAACAGCUACCGCUGCACAAUCACAGCUGGCAGGGUCACGCUACGGAAGAACUGGUGCAGGGACUGACCUGUGACCUCCAGUACCCUAAAACGGGAAGCAGCGCCUACCAGGAGACCUUCCACAACGGCACUCACGGGGAAGAGCUGCACUCCGCCAAGCAGCACAAGCAGGCCAACCUGGCGCGCGACAACCCCAUCCUCAUCAGUUCCAUCAAACCUAAACGCUCCUUCAUCGAGUCCAACGUGUAGCCGUGAAGACCGCAGCGCCAAAAGCACAAACUCUGCGUCAACCGGUUAGCGACGUUUAACGAAUCAGGCUUUGCUUUUAGCCUUUAUGUCUCAUUUAACAGGCAGCAUUUUACCUCCACGGCGAACAAGUAACGGCUUUACGAAUAGGAACGUAACGAGAUUUCUGUACUGUACUAAUUAUCCCAUGCUGCAGCAGCAGGGUUUACUGUAGAACUCUUCUAUAAGGGCAGAUAAAACACUUUAAAGCCCCGAUCAGGAACCGCUGAAUGACCGUCACGUAUUACACGGUAGGUAAUUGAUAAGUUUUAGCAGCUGUGAUUUCUCUAACGAGUCUCUUAUUGCAGUAUUUAUGCCUAGCACACUGUUAUUCCUGACCGGGGCAUGUAUGCGUAUGCGCGUGUGUGUGUGUGUGUGUGUGUGUGUGCGCGUGGUGCGUUCCCUUAUAACCCUCUCUACUUGCUAAUAUAUCGAUUAAUUUAUUUAUGGCUUCUAUAGCUUCGUUUAUCGUUUAAAACAUUUUAUAUUGUUAUUUUUGCACAGCUACAUAUAAAUAUAUUAUAAAGUUCAGAAUCUUUCCAGAAUUAAUGCUUUAUGAAGACUUCAGGUUCACGUACAGGCGAGCGCACAAGUUCGCACACCCUCAAAAAGACGACAGUGUGAGAUUUCAAAGAUGUUUCUUCUUCAUCCUCAUCACUAUCAUCAUCCCAACAAAAAUCUAUAUCUCAAGCUCAAAAGAAAGUUUAUUAAAAUAGCAAUUAUGAUCAACAAACGGAUAAAUCCUACAUUAUAUGGAUAAAAUCUUCAAUAGGGUUGAGGGUCAGAGCUCUACAGCAGGAGAUCUUCCACAUCAACCCAUGUAUCUUCAUGGCAUUGUGAUGCUGAAACAGGUUUGGGUCUUCAAGUUUAAAUGAAGGGAAAAUUU